AGCGAGGUGCAAAUCUAAUAUAACGGGCACGUGUCGGUUUCCGCAGAGCUUUAAUAUAUACAUAAAUACAAAAGUUACAAAAACAAAAGAAAACAAUAAAUAGUAAAACAUAUAGCACAACAAUUGGGAGUUGCGCAAAUUACCAAGCAACAUGUUCUACUUAAUUGGACUCGGUCUGGGCGAUAUCAAGGAUAUCACGGUGAAAGGCCUUGAAAUUGUAAAGCAAUGUAGUCGUGUGUACCUGGAAAUGUAUACCUCAAUUCUCGGCUGUAGCCUUGAGGAAAUGCAAGAAUUUUACGGGCGUCCCCUGUUGCUAGCCGACCGUGACCUUGUGGAGCAGGGAGCCGAUGAGAUUCUGGCUGGUGCUGGGGAGUCAGACGUUGCCCUACUUGUGGUGGGCGAUCCCUUCGGAGCCACCACUCACACAGAUUUCAUUCUGCGCGCCAAGGAGAAGAACAUACCCUACAAGGUCAUACAUAAUGCAUCCAUUAUGAAUGCUAUUGGCUGUUGUGGCCUGCAGCUAUACAAAUUUGGCGAGACCGUCUCCAUACCAUAUUGGGAUGAGACCUGGAAGCCGGACAGCUUUUACGAUAAAAUCAAACUGAAUCGCCUGCACAAUAUGCACACGCUCUGUCUCCUCGACAUUAAAGUUAAGGAGCCCACACCUGAAUCGCUAAUGCGCAAACGCAAGGAGUACAUGCCGCCGCGUUUCAUGACCGUCGCCGAAGCCGCCCAACAGCUGCUGACUAUUGUGGAGAAGAAGGACGCUCUAGAGCGCAACACAGUGCUGAACGAACAAUCGUUAUGUGUGGGCCUGGCCCGCGUUGGUCAAGAUACGCAACAGAUUGUAGUUAGCACGUUGCACGGGAUGCGUGCCACGGAUCUGGGCGGACCACUCCACUCACUGAUCAUACCCGCCAAGGAGAUGCAUCCGCUGGAAGUGGAGUUCUUGCAGCAAUAUGCCGCCAAUAUCAAACUGGACGAUUAUAACCACUAGAAAGAAUGGGCCCACCUCAGAAAUUUAUGUAUUUAAGUGUUUAGGACACAUUUGAUCUGAAUUUAAGUAGCUUGAAGCCACCUGCAGAUGAGACAGUGAUAAACAUAUGUAUCUGGUUUCCCCAACUGCUUAAUUCCAACUGUGUGUGUAGUUUUCAAACAAUAAUAAAAAUUGCAUUAAAAAUAA